UUCUAGCUGUAUAAUCCCGAUGUGAGUGAACCCUGCUCGGUGCUCCUUUUUGAAUAACUUCACAAUAUGUCAAGUUUUGCUAGAGGGAUUACAUUUGUUUACACACUGCAGAACCAGUGAUGGCCGACCAGCUGCCUUCCCAGCAAGGAGACCCGCUGCUGAAUAAGUGCUACCAAAGGUGCCUCCCCAAUGGGAAAGAAGGAACCAAAGACGGCCUGCAUGCUAGGGGACAGUGGGCUAACAAGGCUGAGUUCCUCCUGGCAGUGGCGGGGCAGAUCAUCGGCCUGGGAAACGUCUGGAGGUUUCCUUACCUCUGCUACAAGAACGGAGGAGGUGUGUUCUUCGUUCCCUACCUGUUGUUCCUGGUGCUGUGCGGCAUCCCCCUGUUCCUCCUGGAGACCUCACUGGGACAGUACACCAGCAUGGGAGGGGUCGGCGCCUGGAGGACUAUCUGCCCAUUAUUUGGAGGCCUCGGCUACGCCAGCCAGGUGAUGAUCCUGCAUGGCUGUGUGUACUACAUCGUCAUCCUGGCCUGGGCUCUCUUCUACCUGACCUACAGCUUCGAGGCGGAGCUGCCCUGGUCACACUGUAACAACACAUGGAACACUGAGGCGUGUGUCCUGUUUGACCGCCACAACCAGACAGGCAAUGUGAGCAGCCUGCCUGAGAACGCCACCUCCCCUGUCAUAGAGUUUUGGGAGCGGGAAGUGCUUCGUCUCUCCAGCAGUUUAGACGAGCUGGGUCCAAUCAGCUGGAAGCUUGCUCUGUGUCUCGCCGUCAUCUGGCUCGUGUGUUACUUCUGUGUCUGGAAGGGAGUCAAGUCCACCGGAAAGGUGGUGUACCUGACAGCCACCUUCCCAUAUGUCAUGCUGUUUGUGCUGCUGGUGCGCGGUGCCACCCUGCCUGGGGCGACCCAAGGCAUCAUCUACUACCUCAAGCCUAACUCCGCCCGCCUGGCAGACCCACAGGUAUGGAUGGAUGCGGGUACCCAGGUAUUUUUCUCAUAUGGAAUCUGUUUGGGAAGUCUCACGGCCCUCGGCAGUUACAACAAAUACAACAACGACUGCUACAAGGACUCUUUCCUUCUGUGCCUCCUGAACAGCGCCACCAGUUUUCUGGCGGGCUUUGCCAUCUUCUCAGUGCUGGGCUUCAUGGCUGAGGAGCAGGGCGUGGACAUAGCCACGGUGGCCCAGUCAGGACCUGGCCUUGCCUUCAUUGCCUACCCGAGAGCUGUCGCCAUGAUGCCUGUACCCCAACUGUGGGCCGUCUGCUUCUUUCUCAUGAUCAUCAUGCUGGGGCUGGACACACAGUUUGUGAGUCUGGAGGCCCUGAUGACGUCCGUGACCGACCUUUACCCUCAUCUGAUCCGACGAGGCCACCGCAGGGAGCUGCUGCUGCUAUUCGUCUGCAUCGUCUGCUUCCUGCUCGGACUGGUCAUGGUCACGCCUGGUGGUCUGUAUGUGUUCCAGAUCUAUGACCAUUUCUCCUGCAGUGGAGCCAGCCUGCUGCUUCUCUCCAUCUUCCAGUCUCUGGCCAUCGGCUGGGUCUACGGAGCCGAGCGCUUCAGCGCCAACAUCAGGGAUAUGACCGGCUACAGCCCCCUGCCUGUCUUCAAGCUGUGCUGGAAAUAUUUGACCCCGGCCGUGUGCUCUGCUACCUUUGUGUUUUCCCUGGUGAGUUGGUCUCCGUUGAAGCUGGGUAAAGGCCUGGUGGCUCCAGCCUGGGCCACCGCGCUGGGCUGGCUCCUUACUCUCUCCUCCGUCUCCCUGCUUCCCAUCUGGGCCAUCUACGCCCUGGCCACCACCCCAGGAACCCUGCCACAGCGCUUCCAACGUCUGUGCAGUCCUGCUGAAACCUCAUCACGGGCCCUCCACUACUUCCCCGCCAGCACCCCGGCACUCCUCUACAACCCGGGACUGCCCCUGACCGAGAAGCAGAAGGAGCCGAUCACGGACAUCAUCCAGAGUCCUGUCACCUGAUGAUGGUCACUGGCGCUGUGACACUGGAUGCUGGGCAGGCAGUUAGGUGUGGCAAAGGGGAGGGUCAAGGUUCGAUUUAAUGCUGUUUAGGAUUCUAGAGCGGCAGAGGCCUGUUUCAGUUAAAAAGAUCUUGUUAACCCUAUCUGCUUCAAAUCUAUAGCUUUUCUUUUAUGUAGCAGUUGGAUAUCACUGUACUUGUGAACCAUUUCAUCACAGCCCCUUAAGCCAUCUAAGGCUCUGUUCUCUGCUGUUGCCAGCAUUAUUGAAGGAGUUGGCGCUCUACUCUCUAUGAGGGAUCACUGCAUGCUCGGCUUUGACUCUCCACUGAAUAUUUGUUGUUCCGUUUUGGGUGCUGGUAUCCUCUGAUGAAUCUAUGAGUCAGACAUGUUUUAUACAGCGAUUUGCCUGGAAUGUUUUUGUAUGUGCUUUACCCUCUGUGAUCGCCAUACCAUGGAGUUUGAAUGGUUCAUAACAUGCCUUAUACCCGGAGCAAGAUUUGCGUUAGCAAAACACUUGUUUUUACUGCCAAUAUAUCAAGUGCUUAACUUGAUGUCAUGGUUACACUUAAUCAAUAACAAAAUGAUCGAAAUGUGCAGUUAACUGUUUGCAUCAAUUAUACUCGUCUAUCGUUUGAAAGAAAGUAGGCAGGAAAGUUAGUUGUUAGUUAUUUUUUUGUUGUUGUUAGUGCAGUUUCUGCUAAAUAAAAAGGCGUUACUAGAACGUCUUUGCACUGUACCAAAAAUAACUAUCAUUUAUCAAGCUGAGAAACAUGCAAUCAUCGUGUCUGAAUCAGCAUGUAUUAACACAAUAUUGAAAUGUCGCAGCUGCUGUAUAGACAAAACUGAUUGAUUUAUUUAUUUUAUUUUAUUUUAAGCCCAAAACAUUUAAGGUGAAAUGUUGAAGUAGGUUUUUAAUAAGAAAAUACCUCUGGCACUCCUGUGUGGCAUUACAGUAUAUUUCAAUGUAACAUGCAGUGCAACUUUGAAGUGCAAAUCUAAAGUGGCAAAUGAAGAAGUGACCUCUAUGCAGUGUAGGGAUGUUUAUAUUCAUCAGAAAAAAAACAAAUGCAGAAUGUGAAGAAUCAAGUCGGUUUUGUAGAAACGUGUUUUGUUUUGCUUUCUUUCUUUCUUUCUUUUUAUAAUUAUUUUUAUUAUUUCCGUUUUCUUUCACUGACCUGAUUCAGGAAGACAGUGCUAUGUUUUAUCAAAAUGAAGGACACUUGGAACUGUGUAGAACUUUCCUAAAAAGGGUAGUUUAUAAUAAUUGCAGCCUUGUUAAUAAAAAAAAAAUAUUUUUCAUAUAUCACUAACUGUUACUACAGACUUUUAAAAUGUACUUUCCAGUGUCUCCGGGGUUUCGGUUGUGAAAGAAUGUACUCUUCACUGGGAGAACUCUAACUUUAAAUCUCUAAAACCAGAAGAAUGAGCAAUAUUUUGUGAGGGGGCGUGAUGUAUUUAAUAUGUUUGAAGAUAAAAGGUUCCUUUUGUAAACUUGAAAAAGCUGGUUCACCUUCAGACCUGGAUCAGGUUUCAUCUUUUGGAUGCUCCUCUGAGAUUAAUUUAAAACCCAUCUGCUAUCUUAUGAAAGGCAAUCAUUUACUUCAACUAGAUCCAAGUGUUGUAUUAUCUUUGUUUACAGAUGUAUACAUGUGCCUUUUUAUUUCUUUUUUACAUACAUACAUUGUGGAUAAAACUAAA